GAAUCCAGUCCCCUCAUGUAUAUUGCCGAGUACUUUCUCAGUAAAUUACACAUCAGUUGUUGCCCUACAAAAGGUGCUUUAUAGUUGAUUAGGUGUCUCUGAAAAUAAGGAGAAAGCACAUGGAGGAAGCAGGAAAGAAUAAUUGAGCCAGUUACCAUGGUGAAGGAUGCUAAGGACAAGCUGCAUAAUUAUGGCAACUACCGUAUUUGUGUAUUGUGAAAUUCAAACUAUAACCCUUUCACCAUUAAUUAGGUAUCUUUCUUGAUCUUUUUGCAGGUAAUUCAGGUCUCAGAAAGACAUCAUUCCCUUAAUGGAUCAUCUCAUGCUUCCCAACAGUGUGACUGAAUUUAUUCUCCUGGGACUCACACAGAAUCCACACUUGCAGAAAAUACUUUUCAUUGUCUUUUUGUGCAUUUUCCUAUUUACUGUGCUGACCAAUCUUCUUAUUGUCAUCACCAUCUCCUUCAGCCCCACACUUUCGGCUCCCAUGUACUUCUUUCUCACCUACUUGUCAUUUAUAGAUGCCUCUUACACCUCCAUCACCACCCCCGAAAUGAUCAUUGACCUGCUCUACCAGAGGAGAACCAUCUCAUUGGGCAGCUGCCUGACUCAGCUCUUUGUGGGACACUUCCUGGGAGGGUCAGAGAUCAUCCUCCUCAUUGUCAUUGCCUAUGUCCGCUAUGUAGCCAUCUGCAAGCCCAUGUACUACACUAUCAUCAUGAGACAGGGACUCUGCCACCUUCUGGUGGUUGUGGCCUGGAUUGGCGGGAUCCUUCAUGCCACAGUGCAGAUUCUCUUCGUGAUCAACUUACCCUUCUGCGGCCCCAAUACCAUUGACCAUUUCAUGUGUGACCUCUUCCCACUGCUGAAGCUUGCCUGCAGAGACACCUAUAUACUUGGAAUGGUGGUGGCUGCCAACAGUGGGGCCAUGUGCUUGCUCAUUUUUUCCAUGUUACUCAUCUGCAAUAUAGGGCAGCACAAAGCCCUCUCCACCUGUGGCUCCCAUUUUACUGUAGUUGUACUUUUCUUUGUGCCCUGUAUAUUCACUUACAUGCGUCCCGUGGCCACCUAUCCAGUGGACAAGUUGUUGACUGUCUUUUUUGUAAUCCUCACUCCCAUGUUAAACCCUAUCAUUUAUACAGUGAGAAACACAGAGGUAAAAAAUGCCAUGAGAAGUUUUUUGAAGACAAGGGUAGCUUAG